CGCUUUCUUACAGAUUGGAAAAAAAACAACAGAGCACAAUGAGUGAAGGAAUAAAAGACCCUCCUCCCUACAUCAUUCCAAUUAAGGGUACGGGCCCCGAUGACGUGGUGGUCUACCACACCCACACCCCCUUCACCCCACAAGCGAGCUCAAAUGAAUCCGCCACUCACGCCUCGCAAGUGUACACCAAUGGAGGAGGUCUGGAGACCAGCGAUGGCAAGCGGCGGUUCGUGAGCUACGACGGGGGUCUGGGGAGCAACCCGGGCAUGACCACCUGCACCUCCUGCCAGCAGCAGGUCAUGACCAACGUCACCUACAAGGCCGGCACCUACGCCUGGCUCAUGUGCUUACUCUUCAUCUGCUGCGGAUGCAUCCUGUGCUGCUGCCUGAUUCCUUUCUUCAUGAACAAAUUCAAGGAUGCGCACCACACGUGCCCUCGCUGCUCCAGAGUGCUGCACGUCGACAAGAAGAAGUGCUGCAAAUGAUGAAGACCAAGACGAAGAUGAUGGAGGACGUGCGCCCGUAUAGAAAUAUUAAAAAUAACACCCCCGUUGUAAUGCAGCUCAUUUUCUAUGGAAGCAACAAAAAAAUAUCAGGCAAACGGACUGGGAGUCCACUUUUAUUCUUAUUUCACUUUUAUUAAAUUAACCUAUUUGUGGCCAAACACGAAUAUAUUUAGGAAUGAUGGCAACAUUUGUUAUGAUUUUGAAGUUUUUAAAUCUGGUACGUAAAUACUUUAAGUUGUUUUAGAUCGCAAAGCAAAUGAAAAGUCAUGAUUUAGUCUUUGAAGAAUGAGAAAACGUGUUUGUUAAAUGUUUUUAAUGCAUAUUUGUGCACAUAUUUGAGCUUGUUACGAGUUCACAGAUACCAAACACUUGAUCGAGAGAGAGAGAGAGAGAGAGAAUGAGAGAGAGAUAGAGAUAGAGAUAUAUAGCAAUUUUCUUUUCUAUUUGGGCACAUGGGUCUAACGUUUUUUCCUAAAAUAUGAUGAAAUAUAAAUUAAAAAGUCCUCACAUGUGUCCCAAAGGCGAGAUUUUGUUAAAAAAAACUCACUUUUUUAGCAAAGAAAAGAGAGAGACCAUGAAACACACACAGCUGUGGGCACCGGCUGGUGGAGCACACCCUCCGUCAUGCACUUUGAAAAAAGAAGGAAGAAAACACCCAAAAAACUCUCUAUUAUCCUUUUUUCACAAAACUUCUGCAUAUAUUAUGUCAUUGAAAUGAAGGCUUGUAUAUAAACUUUAUCAAAUAUGUGUUCAAGGGGAUUGUGCAUUUUUUUCCUUUCAUUUUUAAACGAGACAAUUUGACUCCGUCCCAAAAUAAAACCACGAAUUUUGUAGGCUAGUCACAGUUCUUCUUUUGUUAAGUUAGAACAUCUUCAUCUUCAUCUUUACUUUGAGAUGGAACAGAGAAGCAAGAGGCCAAAUGAGUGUGUGUUUUACACUGAGUAUUGUAUAUAUAACCUAAACUUGUAUUACUUGUGUCAUCGAUUGUAUGUACAGUCCUACUGAUGAUCAAUAAAUCACAUAUUCAUCUA